AUCGAGAAACUGCAACUUCAUCCCGGUUAUCUGCAGGUGAGAAAUGUGCCGUCACACGAGAGACUGCGUCUAACGCUAACAUAUGGGAUUCAUGGGUUUUCGACAUUCUUGCUUUGUCCGCUUCGUUUUUUUAUUGGACAACGCUGACAGUGAAAAAUAUGAAGACAUUCUAUGACGGUCGGUUGGAAUGAUCGUGGACGCGCUGGUGUGUGCUUACUGUUUGUGAGGGGGAAGGGGAGUUCCAGCAUGCGCCUUACUCGACUGAGUCGUCUCGGUUAAGUUCGAGAAACUAGGUGUGUGACUUGUGCGUGUGGCUGCCGUCAUUGUGCAAACCAGUUUGCAGACAAAACCCCACAUACAUGCCGCGCGUUGGCAGGCUAUUAUGCUCAUGGAAAAUUGUAAUGUUCUUCUUCUCAUGGUAUGAAGUUACUACAACCAAACUUAUGAAAUCCCUUUCUACUUCGCUUGUAUAUUUUCUUUGUCGAGAGAGAGCACGGCCAAUUCAGAGCCUCAGCUGCCACGGCGGUGCACGCAACCUAGAACAAGCGCUCCCCUUUUUCUACGUCGUGCGGCGCGCUAGGCAUCUCGUGCAUUUAGCGUUGAGGCGUGCUGAACCGUGGAGGUCCCUCUCGCGAUUCUGUCGAAUGGUGGCAGGGCCGCGAUAAACACACUGCAACACGCACUUCCGGUGGCUUCUCGACAAUCUCAUCAGGCAGUUUCUUCGUAGACUGCAAACUCCUCUGUGCUUUGCGCACCAUACUGCCUGUAAGAUGGAACUCGCGCUCCGAGUCGUGCUGCUGACUUUUCUUGUGGCCGGCGUGGCGCCAUGCGCCGCGUCUGAGGCUAGUGGACCAGAAACUGAGGCAGAUUUCACUGUUACUAUUAGCGAAAAAGGGGUGGAGGAAAACAGUCAGCGGGUUUUUUCGCUCGGACCUUCCGCAUCUCUCCGUGUGGUUGACGAGAGCAACAGAGCCAUCUUCCUGCCGCAGCCGACGACAGCCGAACAAGAUACAGCGGCGCAAUACAGUUUUGCGUACGUGUUUGAGAAUGGGCACUGCAACUUUGAAAGAAAAGUUGCAUUCACAGAUGCUUUUCCGGGGUAUUCACAACCAUUGUGGGUUCGUACAGCUACUGAAGGAAGCAUGAUCAAGGCACCGCUUGAGAGAGCAGUUGCGACCUACACGUUUACUAACCCUCCUGCUGAGUAUUUGAGUAAAGCGGUCAGUUUUUGUGUGCGGUUCACGACAUCCUCCGCCGCGACGACAGCCACUACGACAGCGUCACCGACGACAUCAGCCACCACGACAGCGUCACCGACGACAUCAGCCACCACGACAGCAUCACAGACGACAUCAGCCACCACGACAGCAUCACAGACGACAUCAGCCACCACGACAGCGUCACAGACGACAUCAGCCACCACGACAGCGUCACAGACGACGCCAGCAGUCACAACGUCGCAGGCACCAGCAGAUCCUUCAGGUCCGUCAACGGACUCAUCUGUCAGUGGAAGCUCGUCAUCUGGGUCCGGUGGCAGUGGAGGCUCGGCACUCGGGACCGGCAACAGUGGGAGCUCACCUCCAGUACAGAACGGCCACGUGGGAAACAACAAAUCAGGACUUCCCAACGCGGACAGCUCCGAAGAAAUGCCGCAACGCGAUAGACAAGAGAGCGAUAGGGUGCCCGUUGAAAACGAGGAAGGAGGACAGGAUGAGGAUGGGACUGAUGUGGACCCCUCUGAAACGAAGGCUCGCGCACCCGAACAUCCACCCGCGCAACUGCAAAGUGGCACGCAGGGCGCUGCUGGCCAGUCACCAACUACUGGGGACCAACCCGCUGAAGGACAAAUUACAUCCGAGAAGCCAAAAACCGAAUCACCCCUCUCCCCAAGCAGCAUGGCAUCGCCUAAGGAAGAAGCAGAAACCGCCAAGCCUUCAGAGCCGACAACAUACCCAAGUGCAUCCGUACGAACUACCGGCCAACCUGGUGCUGGUGGUGAUAGUCAGAAUCGCUUGAGGCGGCUUUCUGCGAGUGAGGUGAAAUAUUUGACGGUCAUCGUGCACUCCAGCGCUGUGUUCUCUGUUCCGGGAAACUUGAUGCUGUCAGCUGCUUUCUUGUCCAUCCUAACAUCCCUUCUGGUUGCCUAG